GAUCUAUUUAUUUCUUCCUCCAUCCAUCUAUAAUCUCUCCGAUGAACAACCUAAUCUUCUCCCUUGGCGUUAUAGGAAAUGCUCUCUCAUUUCUCAUCUUUCUUGCUCCCAUAAACACAUUCUUGAGGAUAGUUAAGAAUCAAUCGACGGAGGAGUUCAACCCAGCUCCCUACGUCGUUACGCUCCUGAAUUGCUCGUUAUGGGUCUAUUAUGGGGUCACCAAGCCAGGAGCGUAUCUUAUCGCCACAGUGAACGCGGCUGGGAUCUUGCUAGAGGCUAUUUAUGUUGUGUUAUUCCUCAUCUAUGCCUCUCCGAAUCUAAGGGCUAAAACGGCGGUUCUAGUGGGAGUAUUGGAUGCUGUAUUUUUUGUAGGAGUGGUUUUUGUCACAAAGUUUGGCGUAGAGAAAACCUUGCAAGUGUUGGUGGUAGGAGUUAUUUGUUCAUGUUUGAAUACCUUAAUGUAUGCCUCUCCUCUCUCUGCCAUGAAAAUUGUGGUAACUACAAAGAGCGUGGAGUACAUGCCUUUUCUCCUCUCGUUUUUCCUUUUCUUGAACGGCGGUGUAUGGACUUUUUAUGCAAUUCUUGCCAAUGAUAUCUUUGCUGCGACCUCUCAUUCAGAGCACUUCGAGGAAGAAAUCUUGAACCUUCGAAACACACUAUUGAAGAGUGAGCUAGAGAAAGAGAGAAUAGCUCUGGAGUUGGAAGAGGAAAAGAAAGACAGAGCUCAUCGUGAGAGGAGGCUAGCAGAGCAAGCAAAGAAAAUUGCUAAUCUCAGUUCGUUGGUGCUAUGCUCUGAAAAGGAUGAGAAAAGCACAAACCUGAGUAAGGCAUUGGGAAGUAAGAUACUUAUUGGUUGCAUCAGUUUUAAUUUGCAUAAACAACAAUGUAGAGAUCGGGUUGAUGGAGAAAUUGUGCGUAAUGUUGUGCGAUGGAGCAUACGGAACCUCUUGUAAAUAAUUUAUGUAAAAGUUUGUAAACAAUUUAUGUAUCUCUCUACUAUUUUGGUGAAUGUAUUAUUUGAAUAUAAUUGGAUUUGAUAUUGGAAU